AUGGCCAACAUCUCCACGGUGACCGAAUUCCUCCUCCUGGGGUUCUUCGAUGCCCGAGAGCUGCAGCUGGUCCACGCCGUGCUGUUCCUCCUUGUCUAUGUGGCGGCUUUGUUGGGGAAUCUCCUCAUUAUCACUAUCACAACCCUGGACCACCACCUUCACACGCCCAUGUACUUCUUCCUUAAGAACUUGUCUUUCAAUGACUUGUGUCUUAUCUCCAUCACCAUCCCCAAAUCCAUCGCCGUCUCCCUGACUAAUAACAAUUCCAUUUCUUUCCUGGGCUGUGCUUCUCAAGUCUUACUGGUCACCUGGUUUGCUGGUUCAGAGUUUUUUGUUCUCACGGUGAUGUCGUACGACCGCUAUGCUGCAAUCUGCCUCCCCCUGCGCUAUGAGCUCGUCAUGGAUAGAUGGGCCUGUGUGCAGAUGGUGACUGCCUCUUGGCUCAGCGGAAGUCUGUUUGGAGUCUUGUUUUCAGUUUCAACGUUCUCCUUGCCCUUCUGUGGGUCCAACACUGUCCAGCAGUUCUUCUGUGAUGUCUCCUCACUGCUGAAGAUCUCCUGCUCCGAGGACCACGUUGCUAUUGAUGUGAUCGUGGCUGUUGCAGUAGGCUUAGUUGUCGUCGGUUUCACUUCCAUCAUCAUUUCCUAUGUCCGCAUCUUCUCAGCAGCGCUGAGGACUCCAUCCUCUGAGGGACGGAACAAGGCCUUUUCCACCUGUCUGCCCCACCUCACCGUUGUCACAGUUUUCCACUUCACAGGGGUAUUUGCCUAUAUCAAGCCUCCCUCAGACUCUUCCUCGGCCCUUGACCUGCUAGUAUCUGUGUUCUAUGCCGUGGUGCCUCCUACCCUGAACCCUCUUAUCUACAGCCUAAGAAACAGGGACAUGAAGGCCGCCCUGGGGAGGACCCGAAAAGGGGGAAAUGCCUGGUGGCUCCUGUGGGAUAAGCUGUGUCUUUCCUUGUGCUGA